CCGCGCUCUAGCGGCUGAGCGGCCGCGGGGGCGGAGUCUCCGAGCUAGGAGCGCGCGCGGCUUGAAAGUGCUACGGGCUGCGACCCGCGCGCCCUGGCUGAGCGGCCGGAAGGGAGCCUCUCGCGGUUGCCCCGAACGCCCCUAGUGAGGCCCCCGCCAUGGGAAUCCACGGCCUGCUCCAGUUCAUCAAAGAGGCAGCCGAGCCCGCGCACGUGAAGAAGUACAAAGGGCAGGUGGUCGCUGUGGACACCUACUGCUGGCUGCACAAGGGAGCCUAUGCGUGCGCGGAGAAACUGGCCCGAGGAGAGCCCACCGACCAAUAUGUAAUCUUCUGCAUGAAACUUGUUGAUAUGCUCUUGUCAUUUGGGAUCAAGCCAGUUCUAGUAUUUGAUGGAUGUACCCUGCCUUCUAAAAAGGAAGUGGAAAAGGCUCGAAGAGAAAAACGCCAGGCCAGUCUUCUGAAGGGGAAACAAUUGCUUCGUGAGGGGAAAUUAUCAGAAGCCAGAGACUGUUUUGGGCGCAGUGUUAAUGUUACCCAUGCUAUGGCUCAUGAAGUUAUUAAAGCUGCCCGUGCCCAAGGAAUUGAUUGUAUUGUUGCUCCGUAUGAAGCUGAUGCUCAGUUAGCCUACCUUAAUAAAACUGGCAUAGUACAAGCUAUAAUUACAGAGGACUCAGAUCUUCUGGCUUUUGGGUGUAAAAAGGUGUUUCUGAAAAUUGACAAGUUUGGAAAUGGACUAGAGAUUGAUCAGGCUCGACUAGGAAAGUGUAAACAGCUUGGAGAUGUAUUUACUGAAGAGAAAUUCCGUUACAUGUGCAUUCUCUCUGGUUGUGACUACCUUCCAUCACUUCAUGGAAUUGGGUUAGCUAAGGCAUGCAAGCUAUUAAAACUAGCCAGCAAUCCUGAUAUUAUAAAGGUUAUUAAGAAAAUUGGGCAGUACCUGAAAAUGAAUAUAACUGUAUCUGAAGAGUACAUAGAAGGAUUUAUUCGAGCCAAUAAUACUUUUCUUUAUCAACUGGUUUUUGAUCCAGUCAAGAGGAAACUUGUUCCUCUGAAUGCUUAUGAUGACAACAUUGAUCCAGAAACGCUACUUUAUGCAGGGCGACAUAUUGGUGAUGCUGCUGCUUUUCAAAUUGCUCUUGGCAAUAAAGAUAUUGAUACAUUGCAGCAAAUUGAUGACUACAACCCUGAUGCAUCACAGCCUUCACAGCCAAGAAGUCGUGGCUGGAAUGAUAGAACUGCUAGUCAGAAGCUGUAUUGUGUAAAUAGCAUUUGGAGCAGAGACUAUAAGCCGGAUCAUAAUACAGACGUUACCACAUGUAGCACACAUUUCCUAGAGAAAUCAACUACCAAAGGCAUUGAGAAGAUAAUUAGUAUUAGAGGCCUGAAACUUCCAAGCAAGGAGCUACUAGUCAAAAGAUCAAGAAGUGAAGAGUUGUCGGAUGGAGACCUGUUGAGUCAGUAUUCGUUUUCAAAAGCAAAAAAGCCCAAGAAAGAAAACAGUGAAGAUGGUGAGCCACAGAAGUCUAUCUCUGCAGUGUCAAUGAUUCGUGCUCCAGGGGACUCUUUAAGUAAACAGAGCGCAAACAGCCAACCUAAAGUCAGGAACAAAUUUGCUUCCUUUCUGCAGAAGAAAAAUGAAGAGAAUGGUGCUAUUGUUGUUCCAGGGACUAGAAGCAGGUUCUUUUGCCAUGACACUCACAUGCCUGAUAGUGCAACAAAGAAUGAAGCUGCCCAACCACCACGGAAUGUUGAGGUGGAUUGUCAGGCUCAGGAAACGAAAAGUAUAACCGAAGAUCCUGUUCCUCCGUGUUUGGAGACUGAGAAAUUUACAAGAACUAUCUCGUCAUCCCCUGUGGAAAUACAGAGAAGUUGUUUCAGUUGGUCUGGAAGCCUUAGUGAGAGUCCUGGGACACCCAGCCCAUCUCCUGGUGUGCUGCUGUUACAGCAGUUUCAUCGACAAAGAAACGAUCAAGUGGUGUCCCAGGGAGGUGAGGUAUCUGGAUUACAUACUGUCAGCAAAGCAGCAAGUGAUGAGUCAGAUGAAGAAUCCUCCCCCUUACCGGAAAUGGACUGCUCUUCACAGUCUCAAGGGUCUAGUGAGCUGUCAGAAAACAGCGCGGACUCCUCAAGAAUAUUUCAGGAAUCUGACUGCAGACUAAAAGGAAGUGAUGAUCCAAGUUCUUGGAGCUCUCCCCUAUUUUCUGCUACUUGUACAGAAAGGAAACAUACACCCUUAAGGAGCAAGGUUCCUGGUUUACAAAGAUCCCAUUUUGUAAGGUCAAAUGUUGCACCUAAACUCAAGCCACUGAUGCCAGCUAAAGUCAGUGGGUUAAGCAAGAAACUAUCAAGUGCACAGAAAAAAAAUCAUCACAAUGCUGAAAAUAAGCCAGGACUGCAAGUCACAAUCAGUGAUCUCUGGAAAAACUUCCAGUUUAGAAGAGACUCUGAAAAGCUCCCUUCUUGUAAAAAGUCAUCAGACCCAUUAUCUCCAAUCAAAGAUAAUAUUCAGCUCACUCCAGAAACAGAAGAGGAAAUCUUUAAUCAACUUGAGUAUAGUCAUGUUCAGAGAGCAAUAUUUCAGUGAACUGAUGUAUUUUGCUUAUGCAGCUCUCUGUUGCAUGAUGGGAUACAUUUUAAUCAUUGCACACACAUUGGAGGACAAGGCAAGAUGAAAUGUUUCUGGACAUUGUAUACCAAUAUAAAAAUAGACUAUUUUGGAUGUGAGCUGUAUAUUUGUCUGAUAUAUAAAUUUUGUCAUCUUUUAUAUAAAGUGAAAUGAAAGGUACAGUUUUAUACUGACUAAAAUAAAACCUUUUGAAUAUUAA